GAUCUCAGUUCUCGGGUCUCCAUUUAUACGAGCGGGGUGUACAUGCGCCUGCCAGUUGGGUUUCUGCUAGUGUCUGGAGCAGAGGUUAGCGCGAUGGCGGAGAAUGCCGUGGAAAAUGGAGAGGAGGUGUUCGAGGACGCCAACGAGGAAGUGUGCGAGAUGGACCUGUCGACGGCCAUGGAGCAGGCCAAGCAGGCGUGCAGUUACUUCUUCAACAACCGCUUCGAGGAGGCCAGGGCGCUGAUGAGGCCGUGGGCCCACAAAAGCAUGUAUCACGGGCUGGGCUAUGGCACCUUCAUGUACCUGCAGGCUAUCAUGACCUUCGACCCGAAAGACAUUGAAGUGGCUAUAGAUGCACUGAAGCAGAGCGUGGAAGUGUGUAAUCGAUAUAGACGUAAGAAUACUUUAGGAGAGUCAUUAGGCAAGAUGGUCAAGAAGGUCGACUACAAUUUAUUUACCAAAGAGGAGAUCCAUGCCGAGCUGUGCUACGCUGAGUGCCUCCUGCUGCGGGCUGUUCUCACCUUCAUGGAGGAUGAGACCCUUAUCAGUUUCCUGAAGGGUGGCAUGAAGAUCAGAGCCUGUUACCAGUCUUACAAGGAAUGCUGGUACAUACUAGAAGGUCGUGACUGGAGUAAAGAUUCUGACAAAAUGCAUUUCGAGUCCGGAGUACGGAUGGGUGUAGGGGCCUUUAAUCUUAUGAUCUCACAGCUUCCACAGAAAAUUCUUAAGCUGCUUGAGUUUGUUGGCUUCUCUGGGAACAAGUCGUGUCAGGUAAGAGACCAGAAGCUCUUGGGCCUGACUGAACUGGAACGUGGGUUCUACUUGGAAGGGUCACUACGACGAGUAUUGUGCGCCCUCAUCCUACUAGGGUACCACCUCAUAGCUACCUAUGUCCUCGGAACUGCUGAAGGUGACCUGGAAAUGGCACAAGUUAUUCUUGAUGAUCAUUUAAAGCUGUACCCAAAUGGUGCUUGGUUCCUAUUCUUUGCCGGUCGUUUAGAAUAUGUCAAAGGGAACUUCGAUCUCGCAAUUGCUAAGUACAAAAUAUCGCUAAAUAGCCAGGAUGAGUGGAGGCAGUUCCAUCACUUGUGUUACUGGGAACUUAUGUGGUGCUGCAUUAUGAGUGCCCGAUUUAAGGAUGCCCAAGAUUAUGCCGACAAGCUACUGCAGGAGAGCAAGUGGUCAAAGGCAACUUAUGCUUACCAGAAGGCUUGCUGCAUGUGUAUGAGGAUGGAUGAACUCACACCUACUGAGAAGCAAGAACUCAGCGAGACAAUGAGGUCCAUUCCCAGCCUCAAGCAACGAAUAGCUGGAAAGUCUCUCCCGGUUGAAAAGUUUGCUGUGAAAAAAUCUGCUAGAUUCUUUGCUCAGGGAGAGACACUUACUCUUUCUGCCUUAGAACUUAUCUAUGCUUGGAAUGGCUUCAAGAUUCUUGCCAAAAAAUAUGAAAAUGUGGAGAAAAUGUUUGUCAUCAUAGACAGAGAGAUGAGGAAGCUGGAAUCAAUCAAAGUUGAGAACAGGAGUGAGUUUUACUGGGACGAUUACCUACUGGCUCAUCUAGUAAAGGGUUCCUGCCUGGCAUAUAUGAGUUCUCCGUUGCAAGCUGAGGAAUGCUUCAAAUUCAUUGUCAACAAUGAGAAGAAGAUCAAAGAAGACACAUACCUUGUUCCAAAUGCCCUUCUUGAGCUUGGACUUAUAUUACUCCGAGCCAAUGAUCUUGACCAGUCUCGUAUUAUUCUGGAGCAUGCCAAAAAUAACUACAAAAGCUACUCACUAGAAUCUCGACUACACUUUCGAAUUCAUGCAACUCUUAACAAGAUUCAAAGCAUUCAAAAAGGCACUCAACAGUCAGGUGGCCUCUCACCGCUAGACAAUUACCCAUCCAUUAGCCGAUCACCGUCUCCCUGUGUGAGCAAGACAUCAAGUGCAACAACAAAUGGAACUGAAAAUCUUUUAAAUGGUGCAAAAAAUGAGCAGUCUGUCUCUAGUAAUCUGUGAUAGUUUUAAUCGUGUCCAAUUUUAUCAAUUAGGAAUAUUCUGAAAUGCACCAUACAGUAUAUUUUAAAUUAAAAUAUAAAAA